CAUGGGCAAACUACCCACCGAAUUGACACAUUUCAUCACUCUGUUUUACUUGUAUUGUAUAUGAAACACUUAUGUGUUUGGUGCUGUGGGUUUGGACCUCUAAAGAAGACACAAAAGACUCCAUUACCAGACUGCCUGUUUACUGAAUAUCUAUUUGGAACUGUUUGAACUCCUGUUGAUAAAGAAGAACUGUGGAAAUACAUAAAAACACUCGUCAAAGAUGUCUUCAGUUUUUCGGCCAAGCGUGACACGAUACCGUACGACUCUGCGCAUCAUGGGCGUCCGUGCAUUGUCAUCGGAACAUGUGGGUUUGGAACCCUUCAGGGACCGUGAACCAGUUCCCCGUGAUCUGCUGACCUUUAAGGACCCGCGUGCUUUUCAGGCGAAAAGCUGGUGGGAGCUCGUUCGAGCUCUGGGGGUUUUUAGACUCUGUUCUUUUCCUGUGCUGGUCAAUAACUGUGGAAAGCUUAUGUCAAUCACACAGGCCAUCCUGGGUAAAAAAGCUUUCGCUUUCCUCGUUCGGCCAUUUGUGUACGCCCAGUUUGUUGCUGGGGAGACAGAGCAAGAGAUCGGAGCGUCCAUGGAAAAGAUGAGAUUGCUCGGUCUGCAGCCCAUGUUAGCCGUCCCUAUUGAGGAGGACCUGGGAGAAAGCACUGGAGAGCAGAGGUAUGAAGACAAUUUGACAGCCAUGUUGGAGUGUGUCCGCAUGUCUUACAGUAACGCCUGGAGCAAAGAUCCCAUGAUGCAGCUGAAGAUCACUGCCCUGGUCAGCCCAGAGCUUUGUGUUAAAAUGACCUCCUUGCUGAAGAAGCAAGACUAUGGUCUGGAGCUGUUGGUUCGAGCCAUGGAUGGAGAGGUUGUUACAUUUCCAGGUCUCAGCGAGAGUGAAAACACACAUUUUUUACAUGGACUCAGAAGACUGACUCAAAUUGGGGAGGCGAGUGUUAACAAGGUCAGAGUUCUGGUGGAUGCUGAGUACACCUACAUGAACCCCAUGAUUUCUUUCAUCGCCAUGGCCAUGAUGAAGAAGUUUAAUCAAGACUAUGCUUGGAUCUGGAACACCUACCAGUGCUACUUGAAGGAGUCAAAAGAGCUUUUGAUGGAGGCUAUCCGUCUUUCUGUGGACCAGUCUUUCUGUCUCGGGGUGAAACUCGUAAGAGGCGCAUAUAUGGACAAGGAGAGGAAACUGGCUGAGAAAGAGGGACGAACGGACCCCAUUCACCAGUCCUGGGAGCACACAAAUAACAGCUACAACGGAUCUCUAGAGCUUCUGCUGAACCUCAUCUCCCAACAACCUGACCGCUACAAGAUGAUCGUAGCCACUCACAAUGAAGAAUCAGUGAGAAAAGCAGUGACCCGGAUGACUGAAUUAGGGAUUGCUCGAAACGCGGGAUUAGUGUGCUUUGGUCAGCUGCUGGGAAUGUGUGAUCAUGUAUCUCUUACUUUGGCUCAGCAGGGUUUCUCUGUGUAUAAGUCGGUACCUUACGGCUCUGUGGAUGACACGCUGCCCUACCUGGUACGUCGGGCUCAGGAGAACCGCACCGUGCUGCAGGGCAUCCGCAAAGAAAGAGACCUGCUGAGGCAAGAGCUUCGGAGAAGAGUCCUGGAGAAGAUCGUUAGAGCCAAAUAGAGCUCAGACAUUUAGAAUGAGUGAAAUAAGGAAAGGUGUCUGGAGUGGUUUACUGAAAUAAAGAUAUAGCUAACUAAUGAGAA